AUGUUGGAGGCGCUAGAGGCGAUUUCCCACGAAACAGAGGGCGAAGGUGUCCCUCAGUCGCUUCGGGGUCUUUUAGAGCAACUACACAGCGGUGAUGGCUCGGUAUUGGGCGGUAUGUUCCCAUUCUCUCAACUUCUCCAAGGUUCAGGCGGUAACCCACGCUUCCAGCGACUAUUGGAGCAGAUCGGAGCAGAUCAAUCCGUCCACACACAGAUGGCGGCACUCUCAGAGCUCUGCGAGACGCUGGCGCUGUCUACGGAAGAAGCGCUGGCAGUCUCUGGCUUCAACGUGGACAAGUUCGUCCCGGCCGUCGUGGCUCUCCUACGGGCUCCUACAUCCAUGGAGCUGCUGCUACUGGCAGCCAGAGCACUCUCGACCAUCUUGGAGCUGUACCCAAGCGCAGCCAUCCCCAAAGCUACUGCUGAACAGGCGAUCCCUUCACUCUGUGAGAAGUUGCUGGAGAUCGAAUACAUGGACGUGGCUGAGCUGGCUCUGCAGAUUCUAGAGAAGAUCGUGUGUAAGAGCGAACAGGCGCUCAGCUCCGCAGCCACAGUGCCCAAUGCAGCGCAACUGUGUGCACAAUACCGAACCCAAGUGAUUGAGGAGAACGGGAUCGUCGCGCUGCUACAGUUCGUGGACUUUUUCCCGCUGGAAAUCCAGCGCCGCGCUGCUCGAAUUGUUUGUCAGCUGUGUACAGAGUUCCCUUUAUCCCUGGAAGGCCAGCUGCGUCAAGGCCUGCCGUUUAUCACCAACUUGUUGCGCUCAUUCGACCACGAGAUCCUGCAGAGCAGCUUCACGUGUCUACAGAAGCUCGGAGAGAGCACCGCAUUCUCGGACAACUCAGAGUUCGCGUCUAUUGUCGCUUCAGAGGAGAUCUGCGGACUGCUACUGACCAAACUCACGUCCUACGCCAGUCUGGAAGGCGCGUCGUCGCACGUAUCGCCCACAGGAAUCCUGCGCUUCUUGUCCUGUUUGCUGUCGUGUAUUCCAUGUGAUCUGAGUGGCGUUACAGUCGUCCCCAGUGCGUCACACUUGCGUUUUGUAAAGCUGCCGCCUAUUGCGACGGCGUUGCUGGCCAAACCAGAGGUGAUUUCAGAGAACCAGCUCCUUCGCGAGACUUUGAAGCUGGUGGUUGCUGUUCUCCCCAUCGCAGAGGAACUCUCGUCGACGGAGACCAUCCCACGCCCCAUGAUCGCGCUAGCACACGAGAUUUUGCCAUUGAUCAUUCGUGUGUACGACGUCACUUCGCGCGCUGAUGUGCGGUACGACUGUCUCGGAGUGAUUUACCGUAGCUGCUCGUUGAUGCUUGCGAGGCAGCAGCUGUUCGGAGCCCAAGAACGGAGCGAGUUGUCUCGACUCGCUGCGUUCCUUGCUCGAGUGUUGCGUUCUAAGCGCAGCGACAAGAGUGACGUCGAUCUGACCCCAGUGGAGAUUGCGUUGAGGGUCAUUGAGGUUCCUCUGCUGCAUUCCGGCGCGCGAGAUGCAGCCAAGGACAUUUUUGAGCGACACGGCGUCGCUAGCAUCAUUCGGUUCUACGCUUCCAGACCCAAUGAAGACACAGGCGAAGGCGAUAUGCAGGAGAUCCAGACGACAUGCGCUCGAGUUGUACGUGAGUAUCUGGGCAACGAAAGCGCGGCUGUGAGCGUUAUGGCGCAGUUGCAGCAACUCGUGGACGAACUGCAAGCAGCUCAGGCGUCCAGUUCAGCCCAUACGUCCUCACUGCUGCAAGUUCUACUGAAGCUCCGUGGGUUUGUGGCUCAGGGGGAGGAUUUCUUGACUGCGCACGAGAUUGCGUGCAGUGGACUCGUGAAGGUUCUCGUCCAGAUUCUGUCAGAUCCCAGAGGUCAGCAAGCGUUUUCUCAGAUGCUGGAAGUGGCAGACGCCGGCAGCGAUGGAUUGGGGUUUGUGACGUCGUUGUUGAGGUGCUUGCAAGAUGCCAUUUCCUCCGAGAACGAUGCGUUCUCAGUUUCUAGCACUGGUGGAUCGUCUGGCCUUUCCACUGGCAGCGUCGCGACUGAUCUGGAUCAACUCACACAGCAUAUUAAGGUGCACGUGCUGAUUGAGGAGACAAAACCAGCUGCAGAGCCUGAUAACGAAGACCACAGUACACAGGAAACAGACUCUUGCGAGGAACAGACGUCGGAGGAAUCGUCUCUGGGCUGUAUGAAGACAGCUGCAACGAAGCGGGAUGGAAGGAACCACAAGGCAAGCAGCCGCACUGUGCACGACACCGUUGUGUUGGUGGAGCCUCUUGCUCGAAUUGAGACGAUGGAGGACUUUAUUGCCGACAAGUUGUUUGGUCGCGGUGGCAGUACUGAGUCCAUUCUUGACGAGUUGGCAGACACAGGAGCCGGCAGUGAAGAAGCCGGAGAUAUCGACGAGAGUGGAGAGUUCGCCAACGAUGUCGUGAAGCUGCGACGAGUUGUCGCAGUCUACAGAGGACAGGUGCUCCCGCCGGACAUGAGUAUUCUGGAAGCGAUCGUCAAGUUUGGGGGCGUCGAGACGACUGGAAAGACGCGUCCUGUGUCUACAACGUCGUCUCGGUCGCGUAUUUGGACCGCGUCGCCUCAUGACGUCACGUUCCGAGUGGCGGCCUCCUCCUCCUCCUCAGAUUCUAGCGUCUCUGAUGAAGCCGUCAACUCAUUGUCCACUGCUGACGACUCCAAGAUCGCUGCAACUUGUCAGUCUUCUGAUUCCGUCGUGUCGGGCCGGUGGGACGAUGUGUGGGACUUAUUGCUGUUGUUGAAGUUGGUGCGAUCGCAGUGCACGGGAAAGUCAUUCGGAGUGUCUCUCAGUUUUGUGAACAGCUAUCUGAGUCUCCAAGUGCGCCGAGCGCUGCAACAACCUGUUCGUGUGGUGACGAAUUCCCUUCCGGAGUGGUGUUUCCGUCUCGUGAACGAGUUUGCGUUCGUUCUGGAGUUCGAGACGCGAUGCCAUUUCAUGUACGCGACGACGUGUGGAUGUUCCAGAGCGAUUCAGUAUUUGUGUCGAUCAGUGUGGAGGAAAGCGGUGAUGGAAGAGCCAACGCCGACGCAGCAGACACGACCGAGCACUUCUGGUCGUCGUCGGUUCCGUGACGGAUCGAGUCGGACGCGGACGUCUGGCUUGGACAGUAUUUCUCAGAUGGUCAAGCUGCCUCGACUGAAGGUGCGAGUGGCGCGGUCGCGUCUCUUGCAGUCGGCGAUGAAGCUCGUGGCGAUCUACGGUGGGAAGAAGGCAGUGAUUGAGAUUGAGUUCCUUGGCGAGGUUGGGACGGGGUUGGGACCCACCACCGAGUUCUUUACGCUCGUGUGCCAGCAGGUACAGGCCAAGCGAUUGCAGUUGUGGAGAGAUGAAGAUCGAACUUUUGUCAACGAGGAGCAGAAACGAGAGGCUGCUGACGAUGAAGCAGAAACCAGCAAGACACAAGGCCCCAGUUCUCUGACGAUCCGAGGCUACCAUCGUGUUGCUGUCUAUCACUGUGGCAAGUGCAAGGCUCUGCACAUCCCGACGUGCUCAGUGCAUCGACAACUCCUAACUUACGAGAAGAAAACGGACAAGACUGCAGCAAGAGGAGACGGAGACGUGAAGGAAGCUAAAGCCAAGACGUCUAGAAACUCCAUUCCGCAGUGUGCCCAGUGCCUAGAUGAACACGACUGGCACUCUACUGCUGUCGCGUGUGACUGCAAAGCCGCCAGCAGCAUAGAAAGCGACAGUCAAGCUACGGGUUGUACACUCAAGUGGUGGAUCUUGAGUGACGAAGAGGCUCAGUAUCUAGCCAAGGUCUUCCCUCGACACAGUAAGAAGGUGAACCAUCCAGUAUUACAAUGCGCACACUGCGAUACAGUCAACUUUCCUGGCACAGAUGCUGGCAUUGUGGUGAUGGAUGGAGAGCGCAUGGUCUCGCGCUCAGGUCGACGCAUGUUUGAGAGAGAUUAUCGCGCUGUGACCAAGCACGUGUCACCGUUGUGCGAGGGGACACCGUUGAAUGUCAUGACGUCUGCCAUUACACGCAUGGAUGUGGACCUGUUGGUGGAGCAUCUGGCCCAGAGUCCAGAGGUGAUGGAAUCGGAAGUGGAGUCGUUGAGUUACUUGAGCGAGUCAGCUCUUACUAGCGUCAACGUGGGUGGUGGACCACCCGUCACGGCUCCCUUUGGUCUGUAUCCCAAGCCAUAUCUCAGCGUUGACGGCCUGGACGAGUCCAAGUCGCCUGUUAUCUCAGGGUCUAGUGACGUCUCGAGUCUGGAAGCUGACGCAGCGUCUCUGAGUGGAGACGAAGUGGACGCGCUGACUUGGUUCCGCUUCUUGGGACGCUUUGUUGGGCAGGCGAUCUUGGACGAACGGCUGUUGAAUUUGCCGUUUGCUCGUCCAUUCUUACGUGCGCUGCGAGGCGAGAAGAUGGUUGGCAGUGGCGUGAGCGCGGAGACAUCGCUCUCGUUCAUGGAGGAGCUGGAUCCUGCGAUCGCCAACUCGCUACGCUACUUGCACGAUGUGGCGGUGCAGUACGAAGAGAAGAAAGAAUCUGGUGAAGCUGACGCAUCAUCAGAGGUAGCUGCGUGGACAGCGAAAGUGGAUUCUCUGUGUCUCUCGUUCACGUUGGUCGGCGCCGAUGAUAUACCACUGGAAUCUGGCGGCCAGGACACGCCCGUGACGCUGUCUUCACUACACCGAUAUGUGUCAUUGAAUCUGGAAUUCCUACUGGACCGUUCGAUCAAGACCCAGGUGCAGGCGUUCAGACAGGGCUUCGAGCAGAUCUGCGGCAAUGGGGAACGUCAGCUCUUCCGCUUCUUGCAAGCGUUUGACGUACGCGAGCUGGAGGCGCUUCUGAGCGAUCGAGGCACAGGCAGCUCCAUGUGGGAUCGCGACGGCGUCGACUUGCGCGAACACAUGGUGUGCGACCACGGCUACACGGCCGACAGUCGUGCGAUCGCCGAUCUGGUGUCGAUUCUGUGCGAGCUGUCGGUGGACGAGCAGCGGCUUUUCGUGCGCUUUGUGACGGGCGCCAACCGCCUGCCGCUGGGCGGGUUACGUAACCUCGAACCCAAGCUCACGGUGGUGCGCAAGCUUACCGAGUCCUCCGAUGCCAACAGCACCGAGGAGAACGAUGCCGUGUUGCCGUCUGCCUCAACGUGCACCAACUACCUGAAGCUGCCGGACUAUUCGACUCGUGAGAUCAUGAAGCAACGGCUGCUGUACUGCAUCAACGAAGGCCAGUGCAGCUUCCAUCUCUCGUAA